UACUGGUAUCGGAACAUGACUACCUAUACCAUCGCUAAAAACUAUUGCAACCAACUUUAGCGUGUUCCUGUCUUUUAGCUGAGCGUUUUUCUAAUAAGUGGACGUGUGAGAUGUAGAUAUUAUGUGCUGAAAAGUCAUAAAUCGAAAUUGGCCAAGAUAAAAUAGACCGAUGAUGUGACGCGAUUAAUUAUCUGAUUUGUUGCUAGGUCUAUUUGAGGAAAUAUGGGCGCUUAUCGUUACAUGCAGGAACUGUACAGGAAGAAACAGAGUGAUGUUAUGCGCUAUCUGCUUCGGAUCCGAGUGUGGCAAUAUAGACAACUAACGAAAUUGCAUAGGUCGCCAAGACCCACUCGACCUGAUAAAGCUCGCCGUUUGGGAUAUCGUGCUAAGCAGGGAUAUGUAAUAUAUCGAAUCCGUGUUCGUCGAGGAGGCCGCAAACGUCCAGUACCUAAAGGAUGUACAUACGGCAAACCAAAAAGUCAUGGCGUAAAUGAGCUUAAACCAUAUCGUGGAUUGCAGUCAAUCGCAGAAGAACGUGUUGGCCGUAGGUUAGGGGGUUUGAGAGUUUUAAACUCUUAUUGGGUGGCUCAGGACGCGUCUUAUAAAUAUUUUGAAGUCAUUUUAGUGGACAUCCAUCAUAACGCUAUAAGAAGAGAUCCAAAAAUAAAUUGGCUUUGUAAGCAUGUUCAUAAACAUCGUGAGCUUCGUGGUUUGACCUCAGCUGGCAAAAGUUCUCGUGGAAUUGGCAAGGGCUACCGUUAUUCGCAGACUAUUGGAGGUUCCCGUCGUGCUGCAUGGAAACGCAAAAAUACUUUGCAAAUGCAUCGUAAACGCUAGAGCGAUAUUUUUAGUUUUGAUAUGCUCGCAAAAUAUAAAGAUACGCGUGUUUUCGAAGAAUGUA